AAACAGUCAGCUGGUGUGAUUUAAGAUGUCAGUGUCUGUGAUCGUGGUGAUAUUUGUAUUCACCGGAGCUGUUUGUACUUCUGCAACAACCCCUCCCCAUGACUUCCACUACACUACCGGCUGCUAUGAGUCCGGUUUGGUGCUGGUGGAUGGUCUUCUUGAUGAUCAGGUGGCGGGAUAUGCUGAUUACAGCAGGAAAGAAGUGGUGGUUGUGAUACCUCACGUGCCACCGGUUCUAGGAGGAUUAGUGGAAGUUGCUUAUCAAUUUGCCAAAAACAGCAUCUCUGAAUGUCGCAACACUUUGAGGAUAUUAAAAGGGAGGUCUCCUCAUGCUGUCAUACCACAAGACGCUCCACACGUCUCCGUCCACAGCCGCUACGAGGGCGAGGACGGCGUGCUGAACACUCUCUUCUGUCUGGCCGAUCACUUCUACCCCCCCUCCAUCAACUUCACCUGGACAAAGAACGGGGUGGAGGUCACAGAAGGAGUGUCCAACCAGCGUUACCGCCACAACAGUGACGGGACCUUCCACAGGAUCUCAACACUGAGUUUCACUCCUCAGGACGGAGACGUUUACUCCUGCUGGGUGCAGCACCAGGCCUCACAGAGACCUCUCUCCAGGAGCUGGGAGCUGCAGCAGCAGCAGCAUAGCAACAUGAGUCUUGCAGCAGGAUUCUUCUAUACGAGCCUCGUGUUGUGUCUGCUGGGAAUCGGGACCGGAGUCUUCUUCUUCACCAAACAGCCAAAUUAGUUCCUUCACUUGUAAAUGAGUGAUUUAUAUAUUAUAGCCUCUUCUGAAGGACGACUAUAAUUUUCUAUGUUCAUUAAAGUAAACAAAACCUCAAAAACACCUCACCAUAUUCAGUAUUAAGAUUAUAAGUGUUAAGAUUAUAUUUUAUUUUAUUACACCUGAAUGAUAUGUUAUUUAUGUUGCUUGGUGUUUAAUAAGGAGAUAAUUUUUAUAUGAUGUGUUGGAGCUGUUACAUGACCAACAGUAUAUAUUUUUGUAAGACUGAGACUGUUGAUUAAAACAAACAUACAUAAAUCUGGUUACAUUUCACUUGAAA